AUGGAGUACUUCGGGCAGAUUUCCAUCGGGACCCCACCCCAGAACUUCACAGUGAUAUUUGACACGGGCUCCUCCAACCUCUGGGUGCCAUCCAUCUACUGCACCAGCAAAGCCUGCACCGAGCACGCCCGCUUCCAGCCAUCACGCUCCAGCACCUACCAGCCCUUGGGCCUCCCCAUCUCCAUCCAGUACGGGACCGGCAGCCUGACUGGCAUCAUUGGCUCUGAUCAAGUCACUGUGGAAGGCAUGACCGUGCGCAACCAGCCCUUUGCAGAGAGCGUCAGUGAGCCGGGAAAAGCCUUCCAGGAUUCGGAAUUUGAUGGGAUCCUGGGGCUGGCGUACCCCUCGCUGGCCGUGGAUGGGGUCACCCCUGUCUUUGACAACAUGAUGGCCCAAGAUCUGGUGGAACUGCCCAUCUUCUCUGUCUAUAUGAGCGCGAAUCCGGACUCCUCCCUGGGUGGAGAAGUGCUCUUUGGGGGCUUUGAUCCCUCCCACUUCCUGGGCACCCUGCACUGGGUGCCAGUCACAGUGCAGGGCUACUGGCAGAUCCAGCUGGACAACGUGCAGAUAGGGGGGACAGUGGCUUUCUGUGCCAAUGGCUGCCAGGCCAUCGUGGACACCGGCACGUCGCUGCUCACUGGUCCCACCAAGGACAUAAAGGAGAUGCAAAGAUAUAUUGGUGCCACACCUAUGGAUGGUGAGUACGUCGUGGACUGCAGCCGACUGAGCUCGAUGCCCAUCGUCACCUUCACCAUCAACGGGAUCCCCUACGUGCUCUCUGCCCAAGCCUACACCCUUAUGGACCAAAGUGACGGCAUGGACAUCUGCUUCAGUGGCUUCCAGGGUAUGGAUGUCCCCCCUCCUGCUGGACCCCUCUGGAUUUUGGGUGACGUUUUCAUCCGACAGUAUUAUUCCGUCUUCGACCGUGGAAAUAACCGGGUGGGCUUCGCACCUGCUGCCCCUUAGGGCUGUGAGUCCUAUGGGGUGGGAGGGAAGUGGAGCCGCCGGGCUGCGGCCGUGGCCACGAGUGGGGCAGGAGCUGCUCAGUGCCAUGGGGAUGGAGAAGAAGCCCCCAAGCUGGGGAGUGCAGAGCACACAGAGGUUCACUCCGUGCCGAGGAGUGCAGACAAAACGCCUUGGGCAGCCCUGCGGAGCACGCCCUGCAGAUUGUCAUUUUUCUGAACACAGCUCAAUAAAGGCUUUGGUAAAACAGAACCCGGAGUGGUGCCAUUCCUAAAGCAGUGAUACUGCAGGUCUCUAUUGCCCCGGCCUGGGUCUUCCUCCCCAUGCACCCUCAGUGCUUACUGUGCUGGAGUGAGCUGUAGGAGGACACCGUGCUGUUCAUUUGGUCUGUCACUGGGAUUUCUGCAGUGGAAGAAGUGGAAAAUUUGCUCAGAAAUCCCCGGGAGGUGAAUCUGGGCAGGGCAGGGGUUGGGAGGGCAGAGAACAAAAUGCACGGCUUCAGCAGGCUGAGCUGCCACCAACAAACAAGGAGAUCAUUAUGAGAGCAAAGCAACCCCAUGGCUCUUUCUGUGCCACAAAACUCCCCGCACAGCAGGUGAUUUCCAGCAGGUUUUCCUUCAAACCCCCGAGGCGCUCUCAAAGGACUGUGGUUUGUGGGUGCACGAAGGCACAGAGCUGCAUGCUGCCAAAUCUCUGCAGCCAGCACAGUGGGUUGGGGGCUGCGGGGGUCUCAGGGAGCUGCAUCCCUCCCCGGGAGCCAAUGCAGGGCAUGUGAUUGCUGACAGUGCAAGGGAUGCGGGUGAUGCAUGCUGGCUCAUGCAUGAUGCAUCCUGAGCACAUGGGGAAGUGCAGGGAAGGGUUAUUUUUAUCCAUGGCUCUGCACAGCUUUCCUUGCUGCUGCGGGGCUGAGCUCAGAGCAGGGCUGGGUUGGGGUGCCCAGGUCCCCCUGCAGCGAUUCCAGAGCAGAGCUGAAUGGUCACUGCAAAGCUCAGAGCUGGAAGCAAACACUGAGGCUUUGGAUUUCUGUUUGCCACAAAAGGAAAUAUCUGCCUUACAUUGAAACACUGAUUGUGCUGCUGACCAGCAUAUGGUUUCUGUAACUGUUUGCUGUAUUGACAUCACCUUUCGCUGUGCUUCACCCAGGCACUGUGCAGAUAAGGUGCAGGGGCAGCUGGACAAAGGUCUGCUCUCCUCCUGCAGCUCCUGACAGCUUAACGCUUUGCACACCACGGUGCUGCUGAGCAUUGCAGGACCUGUCCAUCACCACGGCCAUGGGUGAGGGGGGGGCAUCCAGCACAGCGAGGGACCACACGGUGUCCCUAAAUGAUGGUGGCACUGCCUGGACCUAUCCAGGAUCACCCCUCCAGUGCCAUCUGCUCCUGGGAUCCCAGAGCAACCCAUGCCCCCUUGGUGGGCUUCAGAGAGGGGGAAGACAGCAGAGGUGGAUAGUGGUCCACAGCUCUCAGCACCCAGCUGAUGCUCAGGGGAUGUUGCUCCAGCAAUAUCUCAGCAGGGAUCUCCCUUUGACCCUGGAGAGCA